AUUAUCAAAGGAACGUAUUUAUACACAACUUAGUAAUAAUGUACAGUCCAAGAAGAAAGAUAUUUUGGUUUGCAAUAAUUAGUAGAAUAGUAAUUUUAAUUUUACAAUUUAUUUUUAAUAUUCUAUGCCCUGAUCAUUGUGCAGAUGCAUUUAAAAGUUUCACAAGUAAUUCUGAACAAGUUUCAAUAUACGAUAAUGUAAUUACAUAUUUAUUUAGCGGUCUCACGCGAUGGGAUGGUGAAUAUUUUAUACAUAUUUCAAAAUAUGGUUACACAUAUGAAAACACUUUAGCUUUUUAUCCAUUAUACCCUCUAUUGAUUCGAAUUGUUGCUACUCCUAUUAAAAAGAUAUUUUUUGUAUUGAAUCUUCAUAGUUCUAUCAUUCUUGCAGCUACAUUGAUUAAUUUUGUGUGUUUCAUUAAAUCUGCUGUUACGUUUUAUGAUCUUAGUAAGAUGGUAUUAAAAAAUACAAAUACGUCCUACAGAGCAGCAAUUUUUUAUUGUAUAAAUCCAGCUACCAUAUUUUUUUCUGCUAUUUACACAGAAUCUUUAUUUGCUUAUUUAUCAUUUUAUAGCAUGUUGAGAUCUAUUAAAUUAGAUCCGUACGUAUCUUUUCCAAUAGGUUUGUCCAUUCUUACAAGAUCAAAUGGUAUGAUUAAUAUUGGAUUUCCUAUAUAUUUUAGAUUACAAAAUUUAGCCUAUAGUUAUUUAAUAAAGCACACAAAUUUUUCAUUAAAAACAUUAUGUCAAUUUAUAUUCAAAAUAACAACUUUAAGAAGCAUCUGUGUAAUGUUUAAUACAAUAAUUAUAUCAAUCAUUCCAUUUGUUCUGUUGCAAAUGUAUAAUUAUAUUACAUUUUGUAUUCCAAAUUUAAACUACACAUUUAUUCCUGAACAUAUUACUAAUUAUGGUAUAAAAAAUAAUUUAGUAUUAUCAGGUAGCAACAAUAGCGAGUGGUGCAGUUUAAAAAUUCCAGUAGCAUAUGGUUACAUACAGAAAAAAUAUUGGAAUGUAGGAUUUUUAAAUUAUUAUGAAUUAAAACAAAUACCAAAUUUUAUUCUAGCAAUUCCAAUACUUUAUAUUAUGAUUAGAUGUAUUAAGGAAUACUUUUUUGUAGAUAAGAGAUAUUUUUAUACAUUUGGAUUUAUUCCAAAUAUUGAAAACGAAAAACAGAUAAAAAUCAAGAAAUAUCCAAUAGAAAUGUUAGUAUUUGUUAGUCAUGGUUUAUUUUUGACCGUAUUUUGUAUUUUUUUUGUACACAUUCAAGUAAGCACACGUUUGAUAAGUUCAGCAAGUCCAUUAUUAUAUUGGUAUUGUGCUUUAACGUAUACCCCUCAUUCGAUUAAUGAUGAGGCAUAUGAAAGCGAAGAAAAUGCAUGUUCCAAAUGGAAAGUAUUUUUCCUUAAACAGAAAAAAUAUGCUUUACAAGAUAAACUUAUACUAUUGUACUGUUUAGGAUAUACAGUUAUAGGUUGUUUCAUGUUUUCGAACUUCUUACCCUGGACAUGAUUUAUU